AUGUGGACGGGGAAUGAUAUUGAGGGAUGGAGUUUUUUUGUGGUUAAGGAGAAACUGAAGAAACUGAAAGAGGCCUUGAAGGUGUGGAAUCGCUCUUCUUUUGGAGAGAUUGGCAACAAAAUUCAUGAACUUCAGAAGGAACUUCAAGAUAAGGAUAAGGAGGACGAACAGAGUUGUCUUGGAGAAUCGGAUAUUAUCAGGAGAAACGAGAUUCAAGCUCAACUCUCUCUUCAACUCAAGAAUAAACAGAUGGUGUUGCAACAGAAAGCCAAACUUAAAUGGCUCAAAGAGGGAGAUAUUAAUUCAGGUUUCUUUCAUAGGGCAAUCCGAGGGAGACGGUUGAAAAAUGAUAUUGGCGAACUGUUCUUUGACAACACGUGGAUUUCCAAACCGGUUGAGGUUAAAGCUAGAGUGAGGAAUCACUUUAAAAACUUCUUCAAACGGAAAGAACGACAGAUGCCUGAUUUGCCCCUGGACUUCAUGAGAAGAAAAUUAUCCAAUGAGGAGCGGCAAUGGCUGAUUAGGGACUUCGACUUUGACGAGAUUAAAGAGGCUGUCUGGAGUUGCUGUGGAGACAAGAGCCCCGGUCCCGACGGAUUCAACUUCACAUUCUGGAGAGCGGCGUGGCACAUUGUUAAAGAGGAUCUGCUCCAGGUUUUGAAGGAAUUCCACGCGAGCGGUAAAAUUCCGAAAGGUGGUAAUGUUUCUUUCAUUGUUCUAAUUCCGAAGAAAGAAGGGGCUGGUACGCUGGAUGAAUUCCGCCCAAUUUUGCUUAUCACCAGUUUAUAUAAAAUUAUAGCAAAAAUUUUGGCUGGGAGACUGAAGAAGGUUAUUGGGUCGGUCAUUUCCGAUAAUCAAAGUGCGUUUAUCAAGACCCGGUUCAUUCUCGAUGGAGCGAGGAAGUGGAUUUUAGGGAGUCUCGAGUCUGCCACGGCAAGUGUUUUGGUGAACGGGUCAUCAACGGGAGAUUUCAAAUUGGAGAGAGGAUUGAGACAGGGCGACCCGUUGUCACCUUUCCUGUUCCUUAUUGUUGCAGAAGGACUCCAUGAGUUUAUUGAAAGAGCAGUGGAAAGGCAGCUACUAUUCCCGGUGAAGAUUGGCAAGGAUAAAGUGUCGAUUUCACACCUACAGUACGCGGACGACACUAUCUUUUUGUUUGAAGCAUAUGACAGAAAUGUGGAGUGCGUGAAGAAACUCCUUAUUCUCUUUCAGUUUGUCUCGGGUUUAGCGGUGAAUUUUGAGAAGAGCAGUUUGUUGACAGUGGGAGUUGACGAGACGGUUGAGAGGAGAUGGGCUUCGCUUCUCCUUUGCAAGAUUGGAUCCUUUCCUUGCAAGUACCUGGGCACUAAAGUGGGGGGUCGAAGCAACGGUGGCUUGGGAUUUCGGAAUUUGGAAUGGGUUAAUCAGAUGUUGUUAAUUAAAUGGCUUUGGAGGUUUUUGAGGGAUGGGGAAGCUCUGUGGGCGAGGGUGGUUAAAUCGAUUUAUGGGGAGCUUGUGUGGGGGGAACAGGGGGAAUGUUCGGUGGCGGGUAGAGGUGGGCAGAAAGGGUGGUGGCGGAAAAUUGUGGAAAGGGGAGGAGGGAGGGGCGACUGUUGGUUUAUUAAAAAUCUGAGGCGAAGGCUUGGGGAUGGUUUGAAUAUCUUUUUCUGGGAGGAUGUGUGGGCUGCUAACAAACCCCUCAAGUUUGUUUUCCCGAGAUUGUAUAAUUUGUGUUUGAACAAGAAAAGUCUGGCCGGUGAGAGCGGGUUUUGGGAGGGAGAGUCGUGGUUGUGGGCGGUGGAGUGGAGGAGGGAGUUAAGGGAGAGGGAGAAAAGGCAGGUGGACGAACUUUUGUCGGUUGUUGCUGAUUUUGCUCCUUGUACAGGCUCAACUGAUGGUUGGAGAUGGAAGGCGACACCAGAAGGUUUUUUCACAACCAAGUCGGCAUAUGAUCUUUUGGCGGCAACCAGAGAAGAGCAACAAGUCCAACCUUUGGAGAUGGUUAAGGUUUGGGAGGCCCCAACACCGCAUAAAGCCAUGCGAGGAGACGACGGAACAUCUGUUCCUCCAUUGUCCGAAAGCAGCGGCGGUUUGGGACCAGAUUUUUCAAUGGCUUGA